AUGGCUGCACCUUUCUUUUCUACUCCGUUUCAACCUUACGUUUAUCAGAGUCAUCAAGAUGCUGUGAUACCUUUCCAGAUUUUUGGAGGUGAAGCUCAGGUGGUUCAGAUAAUGUUGAAUCCACAAGAAAAAGUUAUUGCGAAACCAGGUUCCAUGUGCUUCAUGUCUGGAUCCAUUGAAAUGGAGAAUGUUUUUAUCCCUGAAAAUGAGGUGGGGGUCUGGCAGUGGUUUUUUGGCAAGGCUGUUACCAGUGUAGUCUUCCGCAAUCCUGGGCCAAGUGAUGGAUUUGUUGGAAUUGCUGCACCUUCUCUUGCAAGAAUCCUCCCGAUUGACUUGGUGAAGUUUGGAGGAGAGAUUUUAUGCCAGCCAGAUGCAUUCCUUUGUUCUGUCAGUGAUGUGAAGGUCAGCAAUACAGUAGAUCAGAGGCCACGCAAUGUCAUGCCUAGUAUAGAGGGAUUUUUGAGGCAGAAGCUAACUGGACAGGGACUUGCAUUUAUUCUUGCUGGAGGAUCUGUUGCACAGAAAGUUCUUGAGGCAGGUGAGGUAUUAGCUGUUGACAUGUCUUGCGUUGUCGCCCUUAAUACCACAGUCAAUGUCCAAAUCAAAUACAAUGGGCCUGUGAGACGGGCUGUCUUUGGGGGUGACAAUUUAGUAACAGCCACUAUAACAGGACCAGGCAUUGUCUUUAUCCAAAGUUUGCCCUUUCAACGGUUUUCUCAGCGAAUUGCUAGGGCAGUGACAUCCCCAAACAUGAGAGAUAACCCAAAGUUCUUUGUGCAGAUUGCAAUUUUCUUUUUUCUGGCGUAUGUUGUGAUUGUAUCUUCGUUGAUCUUGACCGAUGUAUGA